AACAAAGUAUAAAUAGAAAAACUGAUCAAUGUUGAAGUUAAGUUGUAAAAAAUUGUGUAACAAAAUGGCUGACUACAAUUUAAUCAAAUAUAUUGCGGUUUUGUGUGUUUUAUUCGUGAUGAAUACCAACGCAUGGAAAAAUGUUCCGCAAGAGUAUGUUGAAUCUGGUAAUGUUAUUAUGGCAACGUGCCUUGGAAAAAUCCCGAUAUCAAAAGAAACCGUUGAAAAAGCACGUGAUUUUAUCUUCCCCGAGCAUGGAACAGAAGAGGAAGGCCACUACAAGUGUUACUUAAAAUGUGUUUUCGAAGAAAUGGGAGUUUGGGAAAAUGGCGGUGUAAAUGCUGACACAGCUACUAAAGCUUUUCCUGAGAAUCUCAGAGAGAAAUUCAGAUCGAAUCAUGUUACAUGUCAAGAUACAAGAGGAGCUGAUGAAUGUGAUUCAGCGUAUCAAAUAAUGGAGUGCUACAAAAAUAACGAUCCUAAUAUUUUCUUCGUAAUUUAAUUAAAUGUUUCUGGGAACAACAACAGAAGGAUUUCAAGGCAAUGAUCAUGGAAAAUCGCAGUUUUAAGCACGUAAUUCAUCAAAUUAAUCUUGUAUAGUUGUUCUAGGAGUUAAAAUAAAUUUGCAAAGCUAAA